AAUCGUCUCUCGCGCGCGCGCCUAGCGGUAGUGGGGCAGCUGCACUACGCACGCCGUCGCAGCGUUGCAUUAGUUCAGAGGAGUUGUGCUGCGCGCAUCGCUCUCGGUGCCCAGGACCAAGCUCUCCCUGGUGAAGGGCAGCCAUGCUCUACCCCCAGCUCACGCCGACGCGCUGCGUCGUGUCCUUGAAUGGCAUGUGGGAGCUAGCGCGCGAGCACGAGCCAGGCAACCACCACAAAGGCUUCAAGGCGGAAAAGCAUGUGGCCGUGCCGGCGUCCUAUAACGACCUGUACGCCGAAGAAGGCUUCCGCAUGUGGAAGGACGGCAUGUGGUACCAGCGGACCUUCGCGGUGCCGAAGACGCUGCAAGGCGAGCGCCUCGUGCUGCGGUUCGGCGCCGUCGCGUACCGAGCGCGCGUCUUCGUGAACGGCAGGGAGGUGGGCGGCCACGAGGGCGGCCACCUGCCCUUCGAGUGCGAGGUCACGGACGUCGUCGAUUGCACGGGACUGAAUGUGCUCUGCGUGCGCUGCGAGAACCGACUGAGCGCGACGACGGUGCCCAUGGGAGAACUGCGCAACGCCGGCGAGAACGGGCAGUUCGCGGGCCAGUACCCCGACGUGCCCUUCGACUUCUUUCCCUACGCGGGCAUCCAGCGCGACGUCUGCCUGUACACGACACCAAGGGCGGCGUGGUUGGAGAGCGUCCGGGUGACGACGGCGGUAAGUGCCGAUGGUGUCGCGACAGUCACCGUCGCAGGGCGCGUCGGUGGCGUCGGCGAAAAUUUGUCCGUCAUUGUCGGGUGCAUGUCACGCCAGACGCCCAAAGUUAUCGCCGGUGGACACGAGUCCAUCAGUGAUAACUUCACCGUGGACAUCCGGAUUCCCGACGCCGAGCUGUGGGACGUCUUCCGGCCGAACCUCUACGACGCCGACAUAACGCUCCUUAGUGGAGAAGACGUCGUGGAUACCUACAAACAGCGCUUCGGCAUCCGCACGAUACGCGUGACCGGGAAUCGACUCCUCCUGAACGGCAGGCCCGUCUACCUCCAGGGCUUCGGGCGCCACGAGGACUUCCCGAUCAUAGGAAGGGGUUUGUGUCACGCGGCGAACGUUCGCGACCACGAGUUAUUGAAAUGGGUCAACGCCAACAGCUAUAGGACGACGCACUACCCCUACUCCGAGGAGCUGGUCCGGCUCGCCGACGAGCAGGGCAUUUUGUUAAUUGCUGAGGCGCCCGCCGUGAGUGUGAACUUCGACCACCUCCAGGACGAAAAUGUGAGAAGGGAGCUCUACGACCGCCAUUCUACAGCGCUGACGGAGCUCAUCGACCGAGACUUCAAUGCGCCGUCAGUCAUAGCCUGGAGCGUGGCCAACGAGGCGACGACGAAUAGACCCGCGGCCCGGGACUACUUCGCGACCUUGGCCGGUCACGUGCGACGGUUGGACGCCACGCGGCCCGUGACCAUGGUCACGUGCAAGGUGGAAGACGACCUGGUGAUGGACGCCUUCGACAUGGUGGGCGUGAACUUUUAUCCGGGUUGGUACCACGAGCCCGGCUUGGGCUUGGGCGAGCCCUUCGCCAGCGCGAAGGCGUCGAUGCGGCACGCGCUGGAGACGCUGCACCAAAAAUUCAACAAGCCCAUACUCGUCGCGGAGUUCGGCGCCGACUGCCUCGCCGGCCUGCAUUCAUUGCCAGCCGAGCAGUGGAGCGAGGAGUACCAAGCCGAUUUAAUAAUGACGCUGAUCGACGUCAUCCGGGAGUGCGACUUUGUGAUUGGGGAGCACGUCUGGAACUUCGCGGACUUCCGAACGGCCCAGAAUUUUCCGCGAGCCGGCGGGAAUAGGAAGGGCGCGUUCACGCGCGACCGCCAGCCGAAGAUGGUCGCGCACUUCCUGCGGCGGCGGUGGGCGGUGCCUCGUUACCCCGUUACAGAGCCCGUUACCGAUCUCGAAUCGAUGAUGCGGGUCUUUUUGGACCCGGCAGCGCGGGGGAACCGGCAUCUCGCGCCGCAGCCGGGAGAUCCCGACUUCGGCGACGACGGCGGGCUGGGGGCGUUACAGGCGCGCUGGCGCGCGCAGCUCAACGCCGGGGCCCCACCGCCGCCGCCUCGAUAGCGUUCGUAGUAUCGCCUAAGUCCGUG